GAAAAACUUCAAGGACCAAAACUACGCUCGAAUAUAUAUUUAAGGGACUUCUUUAAAUCAACACAAACAUAGUAGACCAUUUUUAUCAUUUUUUUUCUCAGGCAUAAUUAAUCAAUUGGUAUACAUGAUAUACAAAAUGUAUCCAUCCAAAUUAACAUAUGAUAACAUUUUUUUCUUUUCCCAUUCUAACAAACUUAUCAACACACAACUUUGCUUCCUCCAUUGAUCCCCUUUCACUUGAUAUCUACCUUCAUUAUCUUCAUCAAAAGUAACUCUUAAUUUUUAAUGUACCGACUCUCCCACUCCAGUCGUUGCUUUUCUUUCUAUUACUUCUACAAUGAUGCAAUCUCCUUCACAUGAAUUAGGUCCACCACAUGAAGCUAUGUUCUUGAUCUUACCUUAUCUACAUUUAUUUGAACUUUUAUCAAUAACUCAAGUUUGCAAGUCAUUUAGAGAUGCACUACACCAUGAUAUACUCCCAUGGUUGAAUAUCGUUGUCGAUAAACCGUUAAAUAGUCGAUUUUCUGAUGAUUUUUUGGUGAAAAUAAUGGCUAAAGCAAAGGGUAGAUUGAGAAUUAUUGCUAUGAAAAAUUGCUUUAGGAUAACAAAUGAUGGACUUUUACAAGUUAUUACAAGUAAUCCUCAUAUCAACAAGCUAUAUUUACAAGGGUGCACUAGCUUAACCAUUGAGGGAGUCAUUGGUGCAGUAAAAUUGCUUACAAAGGCUAACCACAGGCUAAAAAUCUUGGCUAUUUCUGGCAUAUACAAUGUGAAAAUUGAGGAUUUUCAAACACUAUGUCAUCUCAUGGGAAUAAAUCAGAUGCAAAUGAAAAAUAGAAAGAAGAAUUACUACAACACGCGAUGCGAAUUAUAUGCGUUUAAACAAGAAUCUGAUCAGCCUUCAAUCGACGUAGAUAUAUGUCCGAAAUGUGGUGAAAUAAGAGAGGUUUUUGAUUGUCCAAGAAAUUCUUGUAACACGAGAAUACAACAACAACGACAACAACAGAACCAGGUUCUUAUGGAAUGCAGGGGUUGCUUCUUAUGUGUCCCAAGGUGUGAAGAAUGUGGUGUAUGCACUAAAGAUGAUGAAUUAGGUGAAGCAGCUUGUACAGAUAUAUUGUGUUUAAAUUGUUGGCUACAACUUCCAAAAUGCAGUUUUUGUAACAAAGCAUAUUGUAAUCAACAUGCUUACCAACAAUCUCUAUAUCCUGGAGGGUUUUUGUGCAGUUAUUGUAGUUUUCAUGCAACACAAAGUUCAUAGUAUUGGAGGUGUAUUACCUAUUUUGAAAAUGAUUUUCUUGAGCUGAGGGUUUAUUGAAAACAAACAGUUUUACAGGAGUAAGGUCGGGUACGCCUCUCCCUUUCCGGACUAUACAUUUGCGAGAUCACACUGGGUAUAUUGUUGGCGUUGCUUAUAUAGUUGUAUCGGUCCGGACUACACCAUUUACGAGAUCACACUGGGUAUAUUGUUGGUAGUGCUUAUAUAGGUGUAUCGCUCCGGACUACACCAUUUGCGAGCACUGGGUAUAUUGUUGAUGUUGCUUAUAUAUUGUUGGUGUUGCUUAUAUAUAUAGGUGUAGCGCUCUGUACUACACCAUUUGCGAGAUCACACUGGGUAUAUUGUUAUUGUUGCUUAUAUAGGUGUAUCGCUUCGGACUACAUCAUUUGCGAGCACUGGGUGCGAGCACUGGGUAUAUUGAUGGUGUUGCUUAUAUAGGUGUAUUGCUCCGAACUACAUUAUUUGCGAGAUCACACUGGGUAUAUUGUUGGUGUUUCUUAUAUAGGUGUAUUGAAAUGUAUUACGUCUUCCGUCUUAAUUUAUAUAACAGUGUUUGACUGGGCC